AUGGCUUCAAAGUCCACCACAAACUUCCGCAGUUACGAAGCUCAGGCUCGCCUGUUGGCAGCCGUCAUCGCAACUGCCAAGCCCAGACUCGACUACAAGGAGAUCGCAAGACACAUGGGAUCCGAUGCCACACACUCCGCGAUCGACCACCGCCUCCGACCCAUCAAGCAAUUAGCCAAACUUCAGGAAAAAUGCGUCGAGCAGGGCAAAGACCCCAUGAACCUUCCUGUUGAGAAAGCCGAGAUCCAGAAGCUUUUUGGCGAGUCCACCCCCGCUGGACUGGAAUUCCACUUCCGUGAGGUCAAGGCCAUUGGCAAGGCCCAGCAAGACGCUGUCAGCACCGGCGGUGAUCCUACUCAAGUUACUGUCGGUACUGCAGCAAAGGGUGGCAAGCAGGGCAAGGCCAAGACCCAACGAUCGGCUCCCAGCACUCCCGCCACCAGCCGCAAGCGCCAGGCCCCUGUUAAUGGAGCAGCCACCACGGGUGGCCGCGGUCGCAAGCAGGUCAAGCGCGAGCCCAGCUUGGAUGAUGAUAUCAAGAGCGAUAUUGACUCGCCCGAGGAGAAUUUCGAUGAGCUGGACAUUCAGCAGACUCCUUCCAAGUUCCCAUCUCGUGCUCAGCGCAACCCAGCCUAUACGGUGGAUAACAGCACCACUAACUCUGACCUGGAUUCUCCCGUUUUCCAUCAGCCUUAUGCUGUGACCCAGGCUGAGAAUCAGGCCCGAGCCCAGGCCAUGUACAAGCCCGACGACUUUUACGGCAAGCCUGGCGAUGCUCAGGGCAACAACGGUCCCACUCCUCAUCGAUCCAUCUUUGGCGGCGGUGAUGGUGCUACCUGGUCCGCCGGCCCUUCCCACCCUGUUGCUCACACCACGGAGCAGAGCGAGGACGAGCUGAUGGAGAUUGACGGUAGCCAGUUCUCUGCCGCCCGCAAGACCACCAAUGGUCCCCCCAAAGCCGCCACCGCCAAGCGUGCUGCCGCCACUACUCCCAAGCAGUCCAAGAAGGCCAUCAAGGAGGAUCCGUUCGAGGACUCUACCACUAACACCGGCGACUUCCUCGACCUGACCUCGACACCCAGCAAGCGAGGCGGCCUGCCCCUCCCCUCUUCGGCCUAUCCCUCCGCCGACCAGCAGGACGACUGGGCCACCAGCUUUGAUGAUCAGGGUGAUUACUACGGUGAUGGCGAGGUCUAA